CUGGUAGACUUGUACUCCCACCCUGCUUCCACAGAUCACAUGACUUCCCCUCCCCCUCACACACAGAUGGCUUCACUCUCUCCCACACUCCCACAGUUUCUCACACACUCUUGCACCCUCUCCAGUAGAUAUGCCUGAUGUCAUCGAGGGAAGAAAGGGACUUGCCAAGGUCAUGUAUCUGGGCUGGGAAAAGUGGAGGAGUCCUUUCUGCCCACACAGGCCCAGUUCUCUGCUUCCCAUGCUGGGAGACAGUCUCAGGUUCUCUCUCCCAGGGUGACAGGGAUCUGGGGAGGGACUGAAGAAUGUUCCUGGCAUGUGCUGACAGGGGAUUUCAUGGCUCUAUUUGGGGAGGAUCCAGGGGAGGAAGCAGUGUGAGGGUGUGCUCAGGCUGGGUCCAGGGACUAACUCAACACUGCUACUAACCACAUUGGCUCAUAUAAGGCCUGUGGGACCCAGAGCAGCGGGUCCGUCCUUGAGGGGCUGUGAGUAGUGAAAGGAGAGAGGGGCAGUGGGUAGUAGGAGAGAAGAAAGAGCAACAGAAGCUAGAGUGGUAGGGAGGGAGGGAGAGAGAGAAAAAAGAGAGAUAGAACAAAUCGGGCUUGGGGACUCAUAGAGAAAUAACCUUGGACAAGAAGGGAAAGAGACGGAAAGGUAAAGUUAGAAGAGAAAAGACUUGGAGAGAGUCAGAGAUAAUGGCAGACUCCUAGGAAGAUAGAAAAACAGAAAGAAGUUUAACAGAAAAAGAGAGACCAAAAGAAAAGCAAGAGACCAACAGGAAAAGAGACCCAGACCGAGACCAGAACAGAUUCAUUCAGGUUACAGGCAACGGGCACUAUGAGAGCCAGGGUCAGAGGGAAUGAGACAGCCCUGAGGACCCCCAUCCAGGCUCCCCUGCUGUUCCUGGGACUGCUGACCUCAGGCCUGGCCCAGUCUCCAAUAUCUGCCUCAACUCCUCGAGGUUUUUGGGCUAUGCCUGAAAACCUGACAGCAGUCGAAGGGACCGAAGUUGAGCUGCGGUGUGGUGUCAGUGCCCCUGACAGUGUGGUACAGUGGGCAAAGGAUGGGCUGCUUCUAGGCCCCAACCCUGAGAUCCCAGGUUUCCCAAGAUACCACCUGGAAGGAAAUCCUGCUAAAGGUGAAUUCCACCUGCACAUUGAAGCCUGUGACCUCAGUGACGAUGCAUCGUAUGAGUGCCAGGUCGGCCGCUCAGAGAUGGGACCUGAGCUUGUGUCGCCCAGAGUGAUCCUCACCAUUCUAGUCCCCCCCAGGGUGCUUCAUCUGACCCCUGAGGCAGGGAGCACAGUCCAUUGGGUAGCUGGGCAGGAGUACGAGGUCGCCUGUGUGUCUGGGGAUGCGAAGCCAGCACCUGACAUCACCUUCCUCCAGAGUGGAAAGAUUGUGUCCAGUGUCUCUGCUAACGUGAAUGAAGGGUCCCAGGAGAAGCUCUUCACCACAGAGGCUACAGCCAGGGUGACACCUCAGAGCUCCGAUAACGGGCAGUUACUAGUCUGUGAGGCGUUCAGCCCAGCUUUGGACACUCCCAUCAAGGCCUCAGUAACGAUGAAUGUUCUGUUCCCUCCAGGACCUCCUGUCAUUGAUUGGCCAGGACUAGACAAGGGACAUGUGAGGGCAGGUCAGAACCUGGAGCUGCUGUGCACAGCCCGAGGAGGAAACCCACCAGCCACACUGCAGUGGAUGAAGAAUGGUCAACCAGUGUCCAUAGCAUGGGGCACGGAGCACGCCCAGGCCGUGGCCCGCAGUGUGCUGGUGAUGACCAUUCGCCCGGAGGAUCACGGGGCACGGCUCAGCUGUGAGUCCUCCAACAGCGUAUCUCCGGAUGUCCAGGAACAAAGCGUCACGCUGCAGGUCACCUUUCCCCCAAGUGCCAUCACCAUCCUGGGAUCCACAUCGCAGUCUGAGAACAAGAAUGUGACCCUCUGCUGCAUUACCAAGUCCAGUCGCCCACGGGUCCUGCUGCGAUGGUGGCUGGGUGGGCGGCAGCUGCUGCCCACCGAUGAGACAGUCCUGGAUGGCCUGCAUGGUGGCCACAUCUCCAUGUCCAAUCUGACCUUCUUGGUGCGGAGGGAAGACAAUGGCUUAUCCCUCACUUGUGAAGCCUUCAGUGAUGCCUUCAGCAAGGAGACCUUCAAGAAGUCACUCACCUUGAAUGUGAAAUAUCCAGCUCAGAAGCUAUGGAUUGAGGGACCCCCAGCGGGGCAGUAUAUCCGGACUGGAACCCGGGUGAGGCUGGUGUGUUUGGCCAUUGGGGGCAACCCAGACCCCUCCCUCACCUGGUACAAGGACGCGCGCACCGUGACCGAGCCGCGACAGCCUCAGGAGCCGCGGCGGGUGCAGCUGGGAAGCCUGGAGAAGUCGGGCAGCACCUUCUCCCGCGAGCUGGUGCUGAUCAUCGGUCCGUCGGACAACAGGGCCAAGUUCUCGUGCAGGGCUGGCCAGCUCAGCGCGUCCACGCAGCUCGCGGUGCAGUUUCCCCCAACCAACUUGACCAUCCUGGCCAACGUGUCCGUGCUGCGCCCCGGGGACGCCUUGAACUUGACCUGCGUCAGCAUCAGCAGCAACCCCCCAGUCAACCUAUCCUGGGACAAGGAGGGGGAAAGGCUGGAAGACGUGCCCGCGCCGCCCCGGAGCGCCCCGUUCAAAGGCUCCGCCGCCUCCAGGAGCGUUUUCCUUCGAGUGACAUCGCGCGACCACGGCCACCGCGUCACCUGCCGCGCCCACAGCGCCGAACUCCACGAAACCGUGAGCGCCUUCCACCGCCUCGACGUGCUGUACCCACCGGAGUUCCUGGGGGAGCAAGUGCUGGUGGUGACCGCGGUGGAGCAGGGCCAGGCGCUGCUGCCUGUGUCCGUGUCCGCCAACCCGGGCCCCGAGGCCUUCAACUGGACCUUCCGCGGCUACCGCCUCAGCCCAGCUGGUGGCCCCCGGCAUCGCAUCCUGCCUGGCGGGGCUCUGCAGCUGUGGAAUGUGACCCGCGCCGACGCUGGCACUUACCAGCUGCACUGUCAGAACUCCGAGGGCACCGCCGAGGCGCUGCUGCGGCUGGACGUACACUAUGCUCCCACCAUCCGUGGCCUUCAGGAUCCUACUGAGGUGGAUGUUGGGGGAUCCGUGGACAUAGUCUGCACAGUUGAUGCCAAUCCCAUCCUUCCAGACAUGUUCAGCUGGGAGAGGCUGGGGGAAGAGGAGGAGGACAUGAGCUUGGAUGACAUGGAACAGAUGGCAAAGGGAUCCACAGGGCAUCUGCGGAUUCGCCAGGCUACACUGGCCCAGGCUGGUGCUUAUCAGUGCAUUGUGGACAAUGGUGUGGGACCCUCGGCCCGAGGGCUGGUCCGGCUUGUUGUCAGAUUUGCCCCCCAGGUGGAUCAUCCCACUCCCCUAACUAAAGUGGCUGCAGCUGGGGACAGCACCAGUUCUGCCACCCUCCACUGCCGUGCCCGAGGUGUCCCCAACGUUAUCUUCACUUGGACCAAAAAUGGGGCUCCUCUGGAUCUCCAAGAUCCCAGGUACACAGAGCACACGUACCACCAAGGUGGCAUCCACAGCAGUCUUCUGACCAUCGCCAACGUCUCUGCAGCCCAGGACUAUGCCCUGUUCACUUGCACGGCCACCAAUGCCCUUGGCUCAGACCACACCAACAUUCAGCUCGUCAGCAUUAGCCGCCCUGAUCCCCCAUUGGGAUUGAAGGUCGUGAGUGUCACCUCCCACUCAGUAGGACUGGAGUGGAAGCCUGGCUUUGACGGGGGUUUGCCACAGAGGUUCCGCAUCAGGUAUGAAGCGCUAGAGAUUCCCGGGUUCCUUUAUGUGGAUGUCCUGCCUCCCCAGGCCACCACCUUUACCCUGACCGGGUUGCAGCCUUCUACUCGAUACAGGGUCUGGCUGCUGGCCAGCAAUGCCCUGGGGGAUAGUGGAUUCACUGACAAGAGGAUCCAAGUCUCCGUCACCACCCCAGGACUGGACCAGACUCCUGGAGAACCUGGAGAUGAGCUGCCUACCGUGCAGCCUCCAGGGCCCUUAGGGCUACCCCUGCUGCCUGUGCUGUUCGCAGUUGGGGGUCUUCUGCUGCUGUCCAAUGCCUCCUGUGUUGGGGGAUUCCUCUGGCAGCGGAGACUAAGGCACCUCGCUGAAGACAUCUCAGAGAAGACAGAGGCAGGGUCAAAAGAGGACAGAGUCAGGAAUGAAUAUGAGGAGAGCCAGUGGACUGGGGAUCGGGACACUCGAAGCUCCACGGUAUUAGAGACGAGGAUGUGGCCUUCCACGGACACCUGUAUGAUGAGGUGGCGAGAGCAUAUGGCCUGCCUGGGACCUGGGGACCCCUCUACGAUGAAGUGCAAAUGGACCCUGAUGACCUACGCUGGCCCGAGGACCAGUAUGAAGAUCUCAGGGGUGUCUAUGACCACGUGGCAGCAGACAUGGACUCUGUGGAACCCUAUUCUCUGCCCUUUGAACUGAGGGGAGAGCUGGUGUGAGAUGCUCUCUAAAUGCUUUUCUAUACAUGGAAUGUUCUGGUGGGCCCAUUAACCUCACAAUUUGGCUGAGCUUGUUAAGGGAACUCCAUAGGACACCAGUAGAUGGACCUUUUCCGGAGAGGACAUGGGGGAUGUGUUUAAAUGACAGGAACACUCAAGAUAGUGGCCAAGCACAACAAACAAGGCUUUUUUUUUUUUUUAAAGAAACUAUACCACUCAAGGGGACAGAGUUUUUUCUCAAUGACAUUUUGGUGAUGAAAAGCUAUUCUGAGAAUCUUUAUGCUUUUCAAAGUCAGUUUCAGAGACAGGGCUGUAGUGUUGCUCAAUGGGUGAGUAGUUGCUUAACAUGUAUGAAGACCCAUGUUUCACCCCAGCACCAUGAAUCAAAAGCAAAACCAAGCUGGGCAUCCUGGCACACUCUGAGACUCCCAGCGGUCAGGGGUGGCACAAGUUCAGGCACAGUCUGGUCUACAUAGUGAUAUUUUUGUCUCAAAAAUAAAUUUAAAGAUUCAGGCUAGCCUUUAAUCCCAACAUUCAGGAGGCUGAGGUAGGAGGAUCACCAGGAGUUUGAGGCCAGCCUGGAGCAACAGAGUGAGUUCCAGGUCAUCCCAGACUAGAGUGAGAUCCCUACCUUGAACAAAUAAAUAAGUAAAUACAACUUAAAGAGUCUGCAGAGAAGUAACUAUGGUAGAAGCACUGAACCACUUGCCUAGAAUCUGCCACUGAGGACUGGGAAUGUGCUUUGGUGAUAGAAUGCUUAGCAAGUAGGAGGUCCUGAGUUUAAUCACUACUAUUACAAAACAAAACAACACAGCACUCUGGAGGCAGAAGUAGGAGGAUCACCAUGAGUUCGAGUCCACCCUGAGAUUACAUAGUAAAUGCCAGGUCAGCCUGGGCUAGAGUGAGACCCUACCUCAACCCUUCCCCCCAAAAGUCCCAAACAAACAAACAAAAAACUCCACCUCGUUCAUUUUGAGUUCAACCACAUCUGUAGUAGCCAAUAAUAAUAAGGUGAGGGCUGGAAAGAUGGCUCAGCAGUUAAAGGCACUUGCUAUGGAAGUCCGAUGGCCCAGGACUAAUUCACCAGUGUCCAUGUAAAGAUAAGUGCACAAAAUGGCUGUGUCUGGAGUUUGGAACCUAUACACUCUCACUCUUUCUCUGCUUGCAAAUAAAGGAAAAUAUUUUAAAUAAUAAUAGUAAGUAGAAUUAUAGGCCAUUGUUAUAUCCUACUUAUUUUAUUUUUUUACAAUAUCUAAACACUGUGUGUAAACAUAAGUAGACUCUAUGAAAGAAUGUAGAUGUGAAACAAUAUAUAAUGUAUGACCUCAUUUACUGGCACAGUUAAUUUACAAUGCUGCAGUUGCAUAAAGGAAUGCUGUGUUCUUA